CAACCAAAAUACAGCAGGGAGAUAUCUAUGUCAAAUAAGGCUUAAGUUUGUGGAAUUAUCGGCGUAAGGAAACACAAUCAAGCUUUUAAGUAAGUAAGUAAGCAGAAAACAUAGCACUACCAUGGAGGAGUUACCUCUCCAGCCUUCAAACUUCUUCUCUCCUGAUGCCUCAAGGAGCACCUGUCGUCCCGACAUCCUUUGCGUGUCCAAUAUGGAAGAACUGGUGGUGGAGGUCCGUGGCUCCAACGGGGCUUAUUACAAGGGCGUUGUCAAAGAUAUCCACGAUGACUCUCUCACCAUUGCCUUUGAGAACAAUUGGCAGCCAGAGCGCCAGGUGCCCUUCAAUGAUGUCAGGAUGCCACCGCCCGCUGAUGCCAAGAAGGAGAUUGGAGAGGGCGAGGAGGUGGAGAUCCUAUCUAGAGCCAAUGACCAGGAGCCUUGUGGUUGGUGGCUGGCUAAAGUCCGCAUGAUGAAGGGAGCUUUCUAUGUGAUUGAGUAUGCAGCCUGCGAUGCCACCUACAAUGAGAUAGUGACCUUUGAGCGUCUGCGUCCAGUCAACACUAACAAGGCCAUCACCAAGAACUCCUUUCACAAGUGCACUGUCCCUGUUCCUCAGGAUCUACAAGAAGCAUGCCAGAAUGAGAACGCCCAUAAAGACUUUAAGAAAGCCGUGGGAGCCUGUCGCAUCUCAUACUGCCCCGAGACCAGCCAACUACUGAUUGUGUCUACCAAUGAGACGACAGUGAAGCGUGUGUCUUUGCUGAGUGAUAUGCACCUGCGCAGCAUCAGGACCAAGCUGCUGCUAAUGUCACGCAACCACGAGGCCACAAAACACCUGGAGACGUCCAGACAGCUGGUGUCGUCCUUCCAGGAGGAGUUCAUGGUGAGAACAGAUCUGAUGGGCCUGGCCAUCGGCAGCCAUGGCAGCAACAUCCAGCAAGCACGGAAAGUUCAGGGUGUCACUGCCAUUGACCUCGAUGAGGAGACUGGCACCUUCAGGAUUUAUGGAGAGACAGCGGAGGCAGUAAGGAAGGCCAGGAACUACCUGGAGUUUUUGGAGGACUCGGUCCAGGUGCCCAGGGCUCUCGUUGGCAAAGUGAUUGGUAAGAACGGUAAGGUCAUCCAGGAGAUUGUGGAUAAGUCCGGUGUGGUAAGGGUCAGGAUCGAAGGAGACAAUGACAACAAGCAGCCCCGACAGGAAUUGACACAGGGAAUGGUCCCAUUCACCUUUGUCGGUACUAAGGAGAGUAUUGGCAAUGUUCAGGUCUUGCUGGAGUACCACAUCUCUUACCUCAAUGAGAUGGUGGAGCUUCUUGCGGAAGGCCAGCAGCUAGAGGAAGAGCUGAGGCAGAUUGUGGAUUAUACACAGGGAAGCAGCCUAGCAAGAUUCAGAAUAUGCAACACAAGGCACAAUGGAUGCGAUGUAGAUGAAGUUGAGCAGCUCCGUCUGGAGAGGAUGCAGAUUGAUGAACAGUUACGUCAGAUUACCCAGGGUCACCGCCCAGGUGACAGAGAGAAAGGCGAGAGAGGGGAAAGAGGAGGAGGAGGGUAUAAUACAGAUAACAGUGCCAAUGCCUCCUCUACCUCUUUACAUGGCAGUCGCUCCUACAACGGUCGAGGGCGUGGGCGCCGAGGCCACGGCUACAGCACUGGAUAUGGCACCAACUCCGAGCAGUCCAACGCCUCUGAGACAGAUUCAGAGCGCAGGGAGGAGCUCAGUGACUGGUCUCUUGCUGUAGAGGACCAGGAAAGGGAGAGGGAGAGGGAGAGAGGAUCACGACCACAAAGAGAUGGCCGCAGGAGGCCUGGACCCGGCAGAGGUCGAGGAGGGCCUGGAGGACGGGGGAGAGGAGGAAGAGGAGGAUACAACAGCUCUGCAGGGCCUCGGGACCAUGAGGAUAACCACGCCUACGGAGCCGCUGAGACAAACACUGAGACAGACCAGACAGCUGAUACAGAUGCUAGCGAGUCCAAUUUGCCGGCAAACCGCCGCAGGAGAUCUCGACGGCGCAGAACCGACGAGGACACCACACUGAUGGAUGGCAUGAGCGAGUCAGACAACGCCUCCAUGAGUGAAAAUGGAAUAGAUGACUCAGAAGCUAAACCUCAGCGACGUAACCGUAGUCGACGCCGCCACAUCCGCCUGCCUGAGGAGAGGCAGCCAGUGACAGUGGCUGACUACAUAUCCCGGGCUGAAUCUCAGAGCAGACAGAUGACGACCACCAAGGACACCAAGAAAAACAAGGAUGUGGGUCAGGUGGAUGCCAUUGCUGAGGACAGCCCACCGUCUGCCCCAGCAACCACCAAUGGUUCUAACAACGAUGCUGCCAUCAGUAAAGGCAGCAAUGCCACUGGAGCUUCCGCCAAAAUCUCCUACAAGGGGGACUCUAACCCGCAACCUGUUGUUAACGGACUCUCCUAGUCAGACCUGAGCAAAGGAAAUGGUUUCAAAUAUUUUCAAUUCUUUGGCUGCACUUGAUUUAAUCUCCCAGUCUCUGGAGCAGCCUUUAAAGUGAAACAUUUAAACACAACAAGCACUGUUCAUUUUUUAUUUUAUUUUACAAGUAUUUGAAACCUGCUUCACUACGCAAGUUUUAGAGGUCUGAACCUUAACCUCCCCUUUACACACUUGUUCUGUCCAACUAUUCAUUUUACUACAGUUUUUUUAACAAUAGUUCUUCCUGUAUGAGCUUGCCAAAGAUAGUCAAACACACACAGACUUACAGACAUAUACCUAACUGUACUUUUUGGUCCACUCUUCAUUGAGAGCUCAGGGAGAGGUUGGACUGAAUGCAGUAUUUCUAAAAUGCAGACAGGGAUUCCACUCAAACCCAUACUAUGGUAUGAAUGCAGUUUUUGUUUUUUUUAUCAGUACAAAUAUUAUCAUAGGAGGAUUUUAGAGCAGGAAUGAGUCUGCCUUUAACCAGGUGGACUCAGAAAGCUGCUUCCACAACCUUUUUCAGGAUGUUUUGUGUAUCUGAAGUAGUUUGUAAAUUACAUUUUCUGCAUGAGCGCUACCACAGUGCAGAUAGGUUUGUUGGAAUCCCAAGUAUGUUUGACAUACAUGUGUUCAUCUGUUGUGCCUUGAGAGUAGAUUCAACAUGUUGUUGCCUGGCUCUGUACACCAUCUGAAAUCUUUUCACUUAUUUCUGUGUUACUUGGUCACCACCGCCUGCCACAGUUGAACCAGAUGAGCUGCCUCCUUGCUGUGCUAUAUAUACCCUUAUGGCACUGGAGGCAAACACUGAAAGACACUGAAUGGAUUUCAGAGGCAUAUCUUUAAAAUCAGGUGUGUCUAUUCUUAAUGUUUGUGGGGGAAAUGAGUCCAGUUAUUCUUUAUAUAUAUAUAUAUAUAUAUAUGUAUCUGUUGAGGGGUUUGACAUUAGCUGCUUUCUGUUUUUCAAUAUGCAACCACUUUGGUCAUACAAGAAAUGUUAUUACAGCGUGUCUGGAAGAGAAACAAAUAAUAGAAGAGUUGUUUUCUUUGCACUGAAACAUAACCUUUUUCUGUCAAAAAGUUGAUUGUAGUUGAGUCUGGAAACUGGCAUGUUACUGUUAAGUGCUGGACAAAGAUGUAGCCAUCAGUGCUGGGUUUCCUGGAAACAUCUCAUUGAUAAAUAUUUAAUCAAAUACAUAACAAGAGGGAUACUGCGUGUUGUUUCCCACCAGAAAUUUUAAAAGAAAAGAAAGGUUAAUAUCCCCUUUUACAUGCCCACUAUUGGAAAAGUCCUGUUUUGAUUAUCAUGGUGUUAAGAUGUUUCUGGAAAACCAAGCCCAGGUCACGGUGAUGUCAUUUUCAUGGUUCUUCCACAGAUUGACUGGCUGGAAACUGGUCAUGACUGUUCCACUAAGGAAGGAGAUUUAUUUGGUUUAUUUAUUUAAAAAUGUACAGUAUUUAAAAAAAAAAAAAAAAAAAAAAAAAAAAGCAAAAACAAGAGAAUCUUUUCUUUUUCUUGACACUAAAAUAUGCGUUACCUAAGGUUUUCUUUUGAGACAACUGACAAUUUGGACUAUUGAGAGUUGUGACACCCCAAGUGUUUUUGUUGGGUCAACUACAGUAUUUUUUUCUUCUUUUUUUUUAAGGAUCAUUCUGGUUGGUUGAUGUGCAAUAUGUUUUGUAUGCAGGUAGUUCUUAAAUAAACUUGAUCUUCCAUGUAGAUCUAAAACUCAA